UAAUGGUUAAAUUAGGUAUAUUUUAAUUGAAUCUUUGAGCACCAAUAUUCUAUGGAAUUAUGCAAAUCUAUUUGCUAAGCAUUUUUAGCAUUGUAGAUGAUAGUUUAUUUGAAAGUUCAAAAUUGGGUACUUAUUAUUUCUAUUUGAUGAUAAUGUUUACUUUAAUUUUCUAUGGUUUUACUGCAUACAAGGAUGUAAAUAAUAAUGAUAUGAUAAGCCAGGAUUUGUUACCAUAAGUGAUUAUUAAUACACAGAUAGUUCGAAUCCAUAUUAAAAAAAGCGAUAAUAAUUUCAUCAAUUCCCAGGAAAUUCUCAAUAGAGAACAAAAGAGCAAAUACAAGAGGAACAAAUCGAUUUAAAAGUUGUAGAAUAAGCUAAAGUGAAGCCAAAGUAUAAUAAAUCAAUUUAUUAUAGGAAUAAAGAUGAAUUUGAAAUGGAAUGUGAAGCUUCAGUUGAUGAAUAAAAUUUCCCUGAUAAUGAAAUUCAAAAUAUAGAUAAUAAUGCUAAAUCCUAUGAAAAAACUCCAGAGAAAUCUAAGACUCCUUCUAAGAUGGUUUCAUAAAUGUAAAGUCCACAUUAAAAUAAUGCCAGAACUUCUUAAGUACUAUCUUAAGGAAGUACUAAGCCUGAUAUAAAUAAUAAUAAUAAUCCUAAUACACAAACAGAACCUCCAUUUAAUUAUCAAUAAGAAAUCAAUGUUGAAUAAGUUGAACAUCAAUAAUCACCUAAAUCUGCAAAUAAUGAUAAAAACAUUGAUUAAAGUGUACAUCAUGGAAAUAGUAUGUUUAUUGAAAAGAGAUAUUGUCCAAUAUGUAAUCAAGAUUAAAUUAUUCGUUCUAAACAUUGUAGAUAAUGUAAUAGAUGUAUAGCAUUAUAUGA